GCCACGUGCAAAACGGAACCGACCGCGUCGUAGACACCUAGAAAUCGACAUGUCGGGUAAGCCGCGCGUCGAGAUGGUGCCGUCCAGCGCGCUGCCGUCCUACGGCCGCUUCCAGCGGCACAGCGCGGCGCCUGCGGACGAAUCCAACCUGAGUAUCGCUCAGCGCCUCGUACUGGAGAACAAGAAGCGCGCGCAGAGCACGGCGCGUCGUCGCAACACGCAGGAGGUGGUGGCUGCGCUGCAGCACACGCCCGUGGAGAUCGGCGCGCACAUCUGGAUCCCCGACCCGGAGCGUGUGUGGCGCGUAGUGGAGACCGUGCGCUACGAGCCGGCAGAGGACCCGGAGCAGGGCAUGACACUGACUGUGAACGGCAAAUUCGGCCAGGAGAAGAUCGAUAUGCGCGACAUUGGCGACCUGUACAAGGUGAACCCGCGCGUGGUGGACGACAUGACAAGUCUGUACUACAUCCACGAGGCUGGCAUCCUUGAGAACCUCUACGUGCGCUCCAAGAUGGACAAUCUGCGGCCUUACACGCUCAUGGCUAACGUGCUCAUCGCUGUCAACCCGCUGGUGCGCACAGUGGAGCCCAAGGUCACGGACUACAUUAAGACGCAGAUGGGGGACCGUCCCCCGCACCCAUAUUCCAUCGCAGAGGUGGCUUUCCAGCAAAUGGCACUGCGAACGCCCGCCCAAUGUCAAUCUAUCGUCAUUUCUGGCGAAUCAGGAGCGGGUAAGACCGAGACGUCCAAGAUCGUGCUGCGUUACUUGACGUCCCGUGAGCAUUUGGCUUUUGCCGCGGGCAAGGGCAAUGACACGCAGCAGGACAUCGCAUUGGAGCUGGACAAGCGUCUGUGGGACACGAACCCCAUUCUGGAAGCGUUCGGUAACGCCAAGACGCUGCGCAACCACAACUCGUCACGUUUCGGCAAGUUUAUGAAGCUGCAGUUCAAGCCAGGCGAGAACACCCUCACGGGCGCCUUUAUUGAGACGUAUCUGCUCGAGAAGUUCCGUGUGGUGGCUCAGAUCCCGGGGGAACGGAACUUCCACAUCUUUUACUUCUUGCUGUCCGGAGCAGACCAGACGUUGACGAAGGAGUUGAAACUGGAGCCUGUCAACAACUUUGAGUACCUGAACCAGAGCGGCUGCGUGUCCGACCCGAACGUGGACGAUGAGAUCUUGUUCGAUGAAGUGGCGAGUGCUUUGGGCUCAGUGGGCAUCGACACGACGCUGCAGAAACAGGUCUGGACGGUGUUGUCCGGUCUGUUGCACCUGGGUAACAUCCGGUUGAAAGACCGUGAGACUGCAGAGGGUGACGCUGGAGAGGUGACGCCUGAGGCCCAAAAGUAUGUGGCGACGUGUGCGGAGCUGCUGGGAGCGGACAGCAACAACCUGCUGCACGUGAUCACCACACGCGAGAUCUCGACGCGUACCGAGAACUUUACGAUUAAACGCACAGCCAAGGAGGGAAGCUACGUGCGUGACGCUAUUGCCAAGUCCAUCUACAACCGUCUGUUCAAGUGGAUCUUGUACAAGAUUAACAGCUCGCUGGGUCACGGCGACAGCUCUUUGCCGUUCAUCGGAGUGCUGGAUAUCUUCGGCUUUGAAUCUUUCGAAGAGAACGACUUUGAGCAGCUGCUGAUCAACUACGCCAAUGAAGCUCUACAGGCCACAUUCAACCAGCAGGUGUUCAUCGCAGAGCAGGAGUUGUUCGCUGCGGAAGGAAUCGAAGUCGGCAAGAUCGUGUGGCCUGAUAACCGCGAGUGUAUCGACUUGAUCUCGCAGAAACCGAAUGGUAUUCUGCCGCUACUGGACCAGGAGGCCAAGAUGCCCAAGCCUUCGGAUGAGAAGUGGAACGCCACGUUGCACAAGACCCACUCGAGCCAUCCGCACUUCCUGCCGCCUCACGAGAAGGACAAGAAAUACGAGUUCAUCGUCAAGCACUUUGCCACGCGCGUACCGUACACGAUCGGCAACUUCAUCGACAAGAACAACGAUACGAUCCCCAAGGAUCUCGAGGACUUUGUGACGUCCAGCAAGUCUUCUCUUAUCAAGGAGUUGUUCUCGUCCAAGCUGGACGUGGACACCAACAUGAGUCAGCUGCACAAACAGAGUGUGUCGGCCAAGUUCUGCGACCAGAUGCAGGAGCUCACGGACACGCUGAAUGCCACACGCUGCAACUUUAUCCGCUGUAUCAAGCCCAACCCGACGAUGUCUCCUGGUGUCUUUGACCACGGCUACGUCGUGGACCAGCUGCGUUGCUCUGGUAUGCUAGCUACGUGUGAGUUGCUGAAGGUGGGUCUGCCUACACGUGUGGCGUACGAGGAAAUCUGUCGUAUCUACAAGCCUGUCCUGCCGCCGUCCGUCACGCCGAUGUUCAACGCCUACAACGACCGGACGUUCACGGAGGCGGUGCUGUGGUCGUUCCGUGUGGAGCCUGACGCCUACCGUCUGGGCCGCACCAAGGUGUUCUUCAAAACGGGCAAGAUCGCUCUACUUGAUGCACUUCUGAAGGUCGACAUGAAGAAGAUGGGGCCGUGGAUCGUCGCUCGUCUGCGCAAGUGGCUGGCGCGUCGCCGCUGGCGUUAUGCGCUGGCCAAGGUGCUCGCCCAGCGUGCGUUCUUGUGGCUGCUGGAGGAUACGAGAAGACGCAAGGCCGCUAUCGUUAAGAUGCAGGCUGUGAUGCGCAUGUUUGCCGUGCGUAAGCAGUUUAUCCGUGCUCGCAACGCGCACCGUCACAAGAUGCGUCGCAAAGCUCUGGCGCAGAAGCACUGGAGGAUGGCCAUUGGAGGCGUUCUCGCUUCCAACGCCUUCAAGAAGCUGCUGGACGAUACUCGCGAGCGUAUGGCUGCUAAGAAUGCUGAGCAGAACGCUGCGGCGGUGAAAAUCCAGUCCAUUGUGCGUGGCAAGUUCGGCCGCAAGCAGGCAGACAAGCGUCGCGCACAGGUGCAGGACGAGAAGAUGCGCAAGAGGCUGACGGAGGAAGCGGCUCGUGCCGAGGCCGAGAAGAAACAGUCGGCCAAGAAGCGAUGGCUGACUGCGUUCUACGCUGUUCAGGCUCAGCGCCACUUCGUGCAGCGUCUGCAGCACAUCCGCAAGGCUCGUCUCGCUGUGGAGGAAGCUCGACGACUUGCUGCUGAGCAGGAACAGCUGCGUCUGCAACGUGAGGAGGAGGAGCGUCUGCGUCGCCUUCAGGAGGAAGAGGAGGAACGCGAACGUCAGCGUCAGUUGGAGCUCAAGCGUGCUGCUGCUGCUACUUCUAUUCAGCAGGCCUACCGUCGGUCUGUGGGCCGCGAGGAGGCCAAGCGCCAAGCUGCUGUGGAGCGUGCUCAGGCUGCUUCUCUCGCUGCCGCCAUGGCUGCUCAGGAUGCCGCUGCUGCCGCGCAGGACGCGUCCCUGGCUCACGACGCAGAGGCUGCUGCUCUGCGAAAGCUGAGCGCUUACGACGAGGCCCAAAAGAAGGCUGCGAUGGCAGGCACUCUGGGAACAGCUCCUGCUCUUGGAGUGCUCGGUGUCCACGGUGUGGCUGGCAACGGACCUGCCACGCUAGGCUCCGUGCAGCCGCUACAGGCCUCUGCUGGCCAGGCCGGCCAAAUUGGCGCUGUUGGGUCGAUGGGUGUGGCCGGUGCUAUGGUGGGACAGGAGUCGCUGCAGAACGCCGACAUGAGCUGGGUGGCUGGCGACAACGCCAAGAUCGAAGGCGAGGCCGUCGCGGGUGAUGCUCUGCGUCAAGAGCAGCUUGCUCAGGCUGGUCGUGACUUGUUUGGAGAGGGUGGUGAGGCUCCUGCUGGUCCCGUGAUGUCGGCGGAUGAUGAGAACUUGAUCAACCCCGUUGAGAAGAUUCAGGAGUUCCCCACGGGUCCUCCGAUCCCGUACAAGGGCGGUAUUCUCACGUGCACGAUGCUGGGUCACCGUAAGCAACAGGACCAGAACUGGGGCGAUGAGUACACUGAGUAUGUGCUGCGUGUGACAUGGGGUCGUGACAUUCUAGAGCAGUCCAAGACGGCGUGGCUUGUGGGCGGUCGUUACAACGACUUCAACGCUCUCCACCAGGAGCUCAAGGCUGCCGCUUCCGGUCGUCGUGGCAAGCGUGCACCGUGGUUCCCGCGUUUCCCCAAGCGCCAUCCGUUCUCGUCGAUGAUCGGCAAGAACCAGGAGGAGAAGUUUAUCAUCAAGCGUGAGAAGGAGAUGAACCGCUACAUGACGCAAGUGCUGACGCAGAUGCCCGACGCUCUGCUGAACAUCCACUUGGAUCGCUUCCUGAACCUCACGCUCCGUACCCAAGACAUUUGCGAGCGUGAGGCGUACGCUGAGGCUCGUAAGCGUUGGGAAGAAGAGGAACGCGAGGCGUUGGCCAAUGCUGCCGACGCGGAGCCACUGAACGACGCCGAUCUGCAAGAAGUGGAGCAGCUGGUGCACCAGUUGCUGCAGAAGAUCAUCUACGCUGCUGGAGAUGUCCGUCAGGACACGGAGUUGCAAGAAAUGAUCCACGCCGUUAAGGUGUUGCAGCCGCGUGUGGCGGCCUCGGCCCAGAUCGGCGGCAAUGUUAACAUCGAGCUGAUCCCACUGGCCAUGCAGCUCCAGGACGACAUCCAGGACGCCUUCAACCAGUACAACGACACGCUGUUGGCGCUGCGACUGGGCCAGGACCUCAACUAACCGUCUCAGUCGGUCGUGUGUCGGGCGGAAAGUUCGUUUUUCUCCUUUCUCCACUCGACAAAACUGUGCAUGUUUCAAAAAUGAGAAGCGGCCUCGAUCGAAGAGACCAGAUUCUCCACCGUCUGCACACACGACGUGAGCUUUACUGCUCCUAUCACUCCCGUCUUUCUUCGCUCGUACAGCUUUUUUUCCCCUGAUAAUUUGAAUAGACGAGAUGUGAAAAAAA